CGGAGCCGCGGGAGGAGGAGGGAGGAGAAUCUGUGAGUCGCCCAGAGGCAGCGCAGCGGCUGCUGUGAGGAGUCCGCGUGCGGAGCCGCCGGCGGCCCGACCGCUCGGGGCCGGGGCCUGGUCUGGGAAGGAGAGGCCGGAGCAGCGCCGGGAGCCUGAGGCCGGAGCCGAGGAGGAAUGUGACCUGGGGUCGGCGGGGGCGCGGGAGUACGCGAGCGCAGGGAUGGGGCAGCAGGUGGGCCGCGUCGGGGAGGCUCCGGGGCUUCAGCAGCCGCAGCCUCGCGGGAUCCGGGGCAGCAGUGCAGCCAGGCCCUCCGGCCGCAGGCGGGACCUGGCGGGGCGCACCACAGAGGCCGGCUUCAAUAUCUUCACCCAGCAUGAUCACUUUGCCAGCUGUGUGGAGGAUGGCUUUGAGGGAGACAAGACUGGAGGCAGUAGUCCAGAAGCCUUGCACCGCCCCUAUGGUUGUGAUGUUGAACCCCAGGCACUGAAUGAAGCCAUCAGGUGGAGCUCCAAGGAGAACUUACUUGGAGCCACUGAGAGUGACCCUAAUCUCUUUGUUGCACUUUAUGAUUUUGUGGCGAGUGGUGAUAAUACACUCAGCAUCACUAAAGGUGAAAAGCUACGAGUCCUUGGUUACAACCAGAAUGGUGAGUGGAGUGAAGUUCGCUCUAAGAAUGGCCAAGGUUGGGUGCCAAGCAACUACAUCACCCCAGUGAACAGCUUGGAAAAACACUCCUGGUACCAUGGGCCCGUGUCGCGCAGCGCUGCGGAGUACCUGCUCAGCAGUCUGAUCAAUGGCAGCUUCCUGGUGCGGGAGAGUGAGAGCAGCCCUGGGCAGCUGUCCAUCUCGCUCAGGUACGAGGGCCGUGUGUAUCACUACAGGAUCAACACCACCACAGACGGCAAGGUGUAUGUAACUGCCGAGAGCCGCUUUAGCACCCUGGCGGAGCUGGUUCAUCAUCACUCCACAGUGGCGGAUGGGCUGGUGACAACAUUACAUUACCCAGCGCCCAAGUGCAAUAAGCCAACAGUCUAUGGCGUGUCCCCCAUCCAUGACAAAUGGGAAAUGGAACGAACAGAUAUUACCAUGAAGCACAAACUUGGGGGUGGGCAGUAUGGAGAAGUUUAUGUCGGCGUCUGGAAGAAAUAUAGCCUUACGGUUGCUGUGAAAACAUUGAAGGAAGAUACCAUGGAGGUGGAAGAGUUCCUGAAAGAAGCUGCAGUGAUGAAGGAGAUCAAGCACCCUAAUCUGGUGCAGCUAUUAGGUGUGUGUACUUUGGAGCCACCAUUUUACAUCGUGACUGAGUACAUGCCCUACGGCAACUUGCUUGAUUAUCUCCGAGAGUGCAACCGAGACGAAGUGACUGCAGUCGUACUGCUCUAUAUGGCCACUCAGAUCUCUUCUGCAAUGGAGUAUUUAGAGAAGAAGAAUUUCAUCCAUAGAGAUCUUGCAGCCCGUAACUGCCUAGUGGGAGAAAACCAUGUGGUAAAAGUGGCUGACUUUGGCUUGAGUAGACUGAUGACUGGAGACACCUAUACUGCUCAUGCGGGAGCCAAAUUUCCUAUUAAAUGGACGGCACCAGAGAGUCUUGCCUACAAUACCUUCUCAAUUAAAUCUGACGUUUGGGCUUUUGGGGUAUUGCUGUGGGAAAUUGCUACAUAUGGAAUGUCACCAUAUCCAGGUAUUGACCUGUCUCAGGUCUAUGAUCUACUGGAAAAAGGAUAUCGAAUGGAACAACCUGAAGGAUGCCCCCCUAAGGUUUAUGAACUUAUGAGAGCAUGCUGGAAGUGGAGCCCUGCCGACAGGCCGUCUUUUGCUGAAACACAUCAGGCUUUUGAAACCAUGUUCCAUGACUCCAGCAUUUCUGAAGAGGUAGCUGAGGAGCUUGGGAGGGCUGCCUCCUCCUCGUCUGUUGUUCCAUACCUGCCCCGACUGCCUAUACUUCCUUCUAAGACCCGAACGCUGAAGAAACAGGUGGAGAACAAGGAGAAUAUCGAAGGGACACAGGAUGCCACAGAAAAUUCUGCCUCUAGUUCAGCACCAGGGUUCGUUAGAGGUGCACAGGCCCCCAGUGGGUCCCCAGCACUGCCUCGAAAACAAAGAGACAAGUCACCCAGCAGCCUCUUGGAAGAUGCCAAAGAGACAUGCUUCACCAGGGAUAGGAAGGGAGGCUUCUUCAGCUCCUUCAUGAAAAAGAGAAAUGCUCCCACACCCCCUAAACGCAGCAGCUCCUUCCGAGAAAUGGAGAAUCAACCCCACAAGAAAUAUGAACUCACGGGUAACUUCUCAUCUGUUGCUUCUCUACAGCAUGCUGAUGGGUUCUCUUUCACUCCUGCCCAGCAAGAGGCGAAUCUGGUGCCACCCAAGUGCUAUGGGGGGAGCUUUGCACAGAGGAACCUGUGUAAUGACGAUGGCGGUGGGGGCGGGGGCAGCGGCACUGCUGGGGGUGGGUGGUCUGGCAUCACAGGCUUCUUUACACCACGCUUAAUCAAAAAGACACUGGGCUUACGAGCGGGUAAACCCACAGCCAGUGAUGACACUUCCAAGCCUUUUCCAAGGUCAAACUCUACAUCUUCCAUGUCCUCAGGGCUUCCAGAGCAGGAUAGGAUGGCAAUGACCCUUCCCAGGAACUGCCAGAGGUCCAAACUCCAGCUGGAAAGGACAGUGUCCACCUCUUCUCAGCCAGAAGAGAAUGUGGACAGGGCCAAUGACAUGCUUCCAAAAAAAUCAGAGGAAGGUGCUGCUCCAAGCAGGGAGAGACCAAAAGCCAAACUUUUGCCUAGAGGAGCCACAGCUCUUCCUCUCAGAACCCCCUCUGGGGAUCCAGCCAUUACAGAGAAGGACUCUCCGGGGGUGGGGGUGGCUGGAGUGGCAGCUGCCCCAAAGAGCAAGGAGAGGAAUGGCGGAGCACGACUUGGCAUGGCUGGAGUCCCAGAGGAUGGCGAGCAGACAGGCUGGUCUUCCCCGGCCAAGGCUGCAGCAGCCCUCCCGACCACUCACAACCACAAAGUGCCAGUCCUCAUAUCACCCACUCUGAAGCACACUCCAGCUGACGUGCAGCUCAUUGGCACAGACUCUCAGGGCAAUAAAUUCAAACUCUUAUCUGAGCAUCAGGUCACAUCCUCUGGAGACAAGGACCGACCCCGACGGGUAAAACCAAAGUGUGCCCCACCCCCACCACCCGUGAUGAGACUACUGCAGCAUCCGUCCGUGUGCUCAGACCCCACGGAAGAGCCGACCGCCCCCGCUGCAGGACAGCCCACGUCAGAGACACCGGAAGGAGGGAAGAAGGCAGCUCCAGGGGCAGUGCCCGUCAGUGGGAAAGCUGGGAGGCCAGCGAUGCCUCCGCCUCAAGUGCCUCUGCCCGCCUCUUCCAUCUCGCCGGCCAAAAUGGCUAAUGGCACAGCAGGUACUAAAGUGGCUCUGAGAAAAACCAAACAGGCGGCUGAGAAAAUCUCAGCAGACAAAAUCAGCAAGGAGGCCCUGCUGGAAUGUGCCGACCUACUGUCCAGUGCAAUCACGGAACCCGUGCCCAACAGCCAGCUGGUGGACACCGGACACCAGCUGCUCGACUACUGCUCAGGCUAUGUGGACUGCAUCCCCCAGACUCGCAACAAAUUCGCCUUCCGAGAGGCUGUGAGCAAACUGGAACUCAGCCUGCAGGAGCUGCAGGUGUCUUCAGCAGCUGCUGGCGUGCCCGGGGCAAACCCUGUCCUUAAUAACUUAUUGUCAUGUGUACAGGAGAUCAGUGAUGUGGUGCAGAGGUAGCCACUGUUAGCCUAGUGGGAAGGUGCUCACAUUUCUGAGGGGAGAGGGAGAGGGGCUUGUUUUCCUGUGUUCUUGUUUUCAGAGAAUGAAAGACUGAUACUUGAGUGUGUUUAUGUGAAGUACCUCAGAUCUCUGAGUUCUCACGUUUACAGGUUCAUCUCAAAAAUAACAAAAAGCAGACACAUAGGACAGGGAAGUCGGGCGGGGGCGGAGCAGCGGCAGACGGGAGUGGAAGCUGCGCUGGCGCGUCAGGGGACGCGUGCGGGUCCCACCACGAAGAAGCGAGUGACGGGCUGUUCCCGGCAAGGCCGCGGGACGGCGCCAACACGGUGGAUUGGCUCUGGCUCUCGCUCUGCACCACACAGAGGGGAAUGGACUUGGGGCCCCUGGAGGUACUAAUGGCGAUUCUGCUCCAGCUCACCUAAUGAAUCGGGUGGGACAGAAGAGAAAGUUGGGAAUGUACCAAGAGAAGUUUCGCCGAGGCUGUUGGAAGCCGCUCUUGCCACAAGGUCACUGCUGGAGUAAGAGCUGCAGACCCGGGUGCUGGAGCCUGCUCCGGUCCCGUUUUCCAUUGGUGCGUUAGUCGGGGCAGGAAGUAACAGAUGCUAGGAAGUGGUCAGAGUGAGACCUCCUCCUCGUGGCUUCACACCAAUGAGAAGUCACUUCUCCCAGUCCAGUAUGUCACUUCCUCAUGGACCACGAGUGGCUUUCUGCUUGUUGGCGUCUAUCAGCAGCAGGCAUAGGGGGCUCCUCAGUGGUUCUUCUCUGCUCUCUGCUGGGCGGGCCGUCUUCCUUCAUCUCUGGCAGCAUUCAGGGCAGUAACCAGAGUUGGUUUUGAAAACAGCGGUCACCAGGUUCUCUUGGGAACCCUUUUCUGAUACAGUGUCCCUGCACACCGACACCCCCGCCACGGGAUUGAGCAGCUGUGUAUUCCUUCUCUGGCUAAAAUGCCAGGAGAGAGGUCUCUUCUUGGAAUUCAACCGCCAGGGCCAGAGGUCUGUGACUGAACGGAGAGGUUGGCUUGGUCCCAGUGGCCGUUUCUCUGUACCUUUCUCCUUCCUUAUCACCUUAGAGCCAGGCUAGGUAGAGAGCAGGAAGAAACAGUCUCUCACUCUCUGUGGAUUUCUGGUGAAUUACCCCAGAUCGCUCUCAUGUGCUUUUCUCCUUUCACAUGCCCCCUCCCCCUCAUUGUUGUGCUUGUUUAUAAAUAUCAUAUUGGGACUAUUCUUUGAUAUUUAUUUUGUCAUUUCACCUCUAUUUGAAGAAUGCAUAAUUGAAGGGGCAGGUCAUUCCCAGGAAACACUGAUUAAAUCCUAAAAAUCUAGUGACUUAACCCUCCAAUAUGUUUUGCCCUUGAAAAAUAGGCCUGUUCCUUCCCUAUUCAGUUAUAAUCAUGGAAGCUAAUAGGAUCAUAUGGUACCGAACCUAAUUGAUUAGAGGUUAAUAUUCUUGAUAUCAGGUCUAAUUUUAAUUAACAUUUCAUUCUUGUUUUAGAGCUUUAUGACCACCCCCCCACCCACCCGCCCACGGAGAAUAAAUUUUUUUCCUCCUAAAGGAGUAUUAACCUAGGAAGAUAGGAAUUGAACACUGAUGAACUGUGAGUUCUCUUCCUAGCUAUGCGAUCUGUCCACUGUCAGGCCACAGCCCCAUCUCUUAAUCUGUUAAGUGAAGGUAAUGAUACAUCUUCUCAAGGGUGUUUUGCAAAUAAGUAUAUAGCUAUCCCCUGAGAGCCGCUUCAGUGCAGUGUUGUUAAUGGUGAAUGGUCUUUGAUUCUCUUUGCUCAGUGGCAGAUAAUGGAAAUUUAGAACUGCUGAGAGUAUGCUAACUGGGCUAGAAUACUAAGGAGGAAAAACUAUGUUUUGGACAGAGUUUGUCAUCUUUGACCGAGGAGGAAGUUUAGUUUUCAUUAGAAAGAAAGAAAACUUUGUUUUUUACUAUGGCUGCUCCAAAGGAGGCCCAGGCCACGAGAAGGGUAAGGAGGGAGGAGACAGUCCUGGGCCUCCCUGGCUGGCUUGCGUGAGCCCCUUCUGUGUGUUACCUGCAGGUGCAGCGCAGGCAACUGGUGAUCUGGCUCAUCUUCUUGUAGUGGCUGGAUGUGAAGACAGGGUUCCCUGUGGCCUGGAUGGAGGCCCACGGUCCCCCCACCUUUUUCGUCGCCACUCCCCUUCAUCGGUCAUUUCCACAAACUUGAAAUUGUUUUAGCAAUUAGCCUUUUAAGGGUGGGGCAGGGAAAGCUAAAACUUUAGAACAUUAUGCUGCUUUUUAAGUUUAUCCGUCAUUGUGGGAUGCGAGUUGAGGGAUUAAUUAUGUAGUUGUUUUUUCAGGGGAUUUUUAUUUUAUUUUAUUUUUUAAAGCAGGGGGUCUUUCCUUGAGAGCUCUGAAAA